AUGUCCUACUUCAAGACCGAAUACCAGCGGUUCCUGGAUAACCCCAGGACUGCUAAAUUGGCCGACGAUGUCUCCUUGAUCUACGUUCCUACCACGACGAAGUUCGAGCAGGCCGACAAUGUGAUCACUCAUGUGUUGAAGAACGCGAACAUUGUCAAGACAAAGUCAAACCAGGUCAUCAGCGCUAUCGAGGGAUCAGACUCGCUAUGUCUAGACAUGGAAACAACCCUCGAAUUCACUGAGGGUGGUGGGGUUUAUCUCCCCUCGCUCGAUGAUAAUUUCCUGGCCGACCGUGUUGCGACUUUCCCCACGGUUCACAUCGUCCACUUCGAUGCCAAUCAAUUGAUCAAGCAGAUCAGAAUCUACUGGGACCAGGCCUCAUUGUUGAAGCAGGUCGAGGUUAUCGGAGCGCGCGGACGUCAAUGGCCCAUUCGUGAUGGAAAAGAUCAAGUUCGUCUCCUCAAGAACGCCGAGACAGCGCGUGUGGCUCCCUCGCAGCCUUCUUCUCAGAAUGUGGAGACCAAGCUCCCCGAUCGCUCCUCAUCUCCGGGCAAGCGCCGCUUCAAAGAUCCCUACUCAGCCAACUCCCUGACUGAGCUCCUCUCGCCGAACAAGGAGGUCACCGAAGACGAAAGCCGCGCGAUUACACCCAAAAACGCUGCCGCCAAGAGAUAUACCCAAGACCCCUACGGAGCCGGUUCCUUGACUGAGCUCCUCUCCCCCUCAAAAAGGCUCCCGCCCCUCGACAUCUUCGUGAAGAAUGACGGUCCGCCCGACUUGUCCAAGAACGGGCCCGUUGACGAAGAUCGUCAUUUCUACAAAUCCGCCCCUGGAAAAUACAACCACUUCGAGAUCGGUGGUGACAACACGGAGCGCGAGACCAAAGCGGAAGUCAAACAAGCCAAGACCCCACAGUUAACCCACUGGGAAUUCGACGACUUUGAGACCCCCGUGAAGAACUCACGCACCGCCCGAGGAGAAGAAGUGCGCCACUUCGGCUUCGGCGAUAACGAAGAAGGCAAUGGAUCCCCCAAUCCAAGCUAA